CUUAAGACUCCAAGGAAGUUCUCAUCCACCAAAGUAAUCAGCACUUACAUUAGUUUUCUCAUUUCAUACCGACAAGAACAGCACAAACGUGUGAAACCAGAGGUAAGAUAAUAACUAUUUCAGCAGGAACAAUGGCACACAGCAUUGGAAACAGCAAGGACAUUUACGUUGGAAACAACAAAGGGAAGAUUGGCGCUGAUAAUGUUAUCAAUAUUAGCGGGAACACCGGCAAUACGAGGGGAGAAAAAACUGUCAAUCUUGGCAACACAAGUGACAUGACAGUUGAAGACAACGCAGGAGACAUGGGUGCAAAGAACACCAGCAAUGCGAGCAGAGGAAAAGGAGUCAAAGUAGAUAUUUGCAACAUAAGUGACAUGACAGUUGGAGACAACGCAGGAGACAUCGGUGCAAAGAACACCUGCAAUUUAAGCGGAGGAAAAGGAGUCAAAGUAGAUAUUGGCAACAUAAGUAACAUGGCAGUUGGAGACAACGCAGGAGGCAUCGGUGCAGGGAACAACUGCAAUGUAAUGGGAGGAGAUGGAGUCAAAAUAAGUAUUGGCAACAUAGAUAACAUGGCAGUUGGAGAAAACGCAGGGGGCAUCGGAGUGGGGAACAACUGCAAUGUGAACAGAGGAAAAGGAGCUGAAAUUAUUAUUGGCAACGCAACCAAUGCAGGGAUUGGGAUUAACACAGGAGGCUUUGGUUCAGGGAACAAUGUAAACAUUAACUAAUGAAGUCCCAGGACAAAAGUUCAAAACCAAAUCAAGAAUUAUUUGUGAAUUUGUUUGCCUUCUAUUGUCCCACAAUAAACUGUGUUGGAGAUAA